GGGGGAGAGAGGCGGUGAGAGAAGGCAGCAGUUGACACAAACACCCAGAGCCGCAUCACCUGCGGGACAGAACCUCCCGGCUGCGGAGACGUCCGCGGACACGAGAGCGCAGCAGGAUUCCCAGUAGCAAAAGGUGUAUUUUCUCGACAGCCACAAUGGACAGCGUGUCUUUCGCGGAGCUUCGUCGCGUUUCUGUCGGAUUUUAGCUCGUCGACGCUGUUUUCCGGGGAUGCCCUCCAGAAACCGGUAUAACCUGGUGGACGAUGUGGCGGACUCCAGACUCCCGCUGCACAACGAGGAGGCGUACCAGCACGGUAUCUCCUUCACCGCCAAGUAUGUGGGGAGUCUGGACGUGCCCAGGCCGAACAGUCGCAUGGAGAUUGUGGCGGCCAUGCGAAGGAUCAGGUAUGAAUUCAAGGCCAAAAACAUCAAGAAGAAGAAGGUCAGUCUGGUGGUGUCUGUGGAUGGAGUCAAGGUGAUCCAGAGGAAGAAGCAGAAGAGGAAAGAGUGGACGUGGGAUGAAAGCAAAAUGAUGAUCAUGCACGACCCCAUCUACAGGAUUUUCUACGUAUCACAUGACUCUCAGGACUUAAAGAUCUUCAGCUACAUCGCCAGAGAUGGAUCCAGUAAUUCCUUCAGAUGUAACGUCUUUAAGUCCAAGAAGAAGAGUCAGGCCAUGCGUAUUGUGCGGACGGUGGGCCAGGCCUUUGAGGUUUGCCAUAAGCUGAGUCUGCAGCAUGCUGAGCAGGAUGCAGAUGGACAAGCAGAUGGAGAGAGUGACAAGUCCACGGAGGAGUCCAGCAGUCAUGGACGUAAACUGACUGGUGCAGAGAAAGAAGAGGAUGAAGAUGGUAAAGAAGCAGGAGGAGGAGCAGCAGAGACUGCGGCCAGCUCCUCGUUGUGUGAAAAAGCUGUCAGUGAAAUUCUCCAGAGUCUUUCUGAGCUGAACGUGGUGAAGACCGGACCGACCGUCAUGGACUGUGACGGGCGGUCCGUCUUCACCGUGAAGUCCCAGGGUAUGAGUCCCGCCAGCCCCUGCUCUCCGUCUCUUACCCCUCUGGCGUCGCAGCAUUACCUACAGCUGCUCCAGCAUCAGCUGCAGCAGCAACAGCAGCACACGCAGGUGGCAGUUGCACAGGUGCAGCUGCUGAAAGAUCAGAUGGCUGCGGAAACGGCAGCUCGUAUGGAGGCGCAGGCUCGAGUCCACCAGCUGCUGCUGCAGAACCGCGACCUGCUGCAGCACUUGGCCCUGCUGGUGCAGCAGCUGAAAGAGCUGGAGGGUCGAUCCCCAAAGACCUCACUGUCUGGAGAAACGCAGCAGGAACCUCAAACUAAUCUUGACGAUACACCGCAAUCAACAAGCAGUUUAGUUACCACCAUCAACGCUCUUCAUCUGAACCUGAAGAAGCAGUACCAGGCGGAGAUCAUUACCUCCACGCCAGCAUGGCCCCUCCAGUCCAGAAUCAUCUCCCCGAGCCAGGUGGACUCUGCAGAGUCCUACCUCAACCUGCUCAACCUGGAGAACAACACCAAGACCAUCAAUGGGGACCUGGACCCUUUUAUCCGAGCCAACGGGAUGGCCGACCCCAAGGAGGCCGGGCAGGUGGCCCUGUUCACACCAAGAAACUCAAUCAACUUGGAUGACAAGUCUCAUCCCACCAUCCCCAAGCUGGAUCCGCCUCCUCCUUCCUUCAACCGAAAGCGAGCCAGCCGCACCUUGUCUCCGGGGUCAGAGGUCACGGCUAAUGAUGCGGCGGCGAGCCGCAGCAGCAGCCUCUCGUUCCCCGACGUCACUCCCAGCUCGCUGUCGUCCGCCGACUUCCAGUCGCUCAGCAACGGGGAGAGCAGCUCCAGCGAGGACUCCGGGGUCCGCUCGGAGACCAAGUCGCUCUUCUCACCUGUACGGGACGAUGACGACCUUUUCGGUGACAGGGGGACGUUCCUGACAGCCUGUGACAGUCCUCCUGAAGAGCGGAGCUUCUGUGAACCCCAGACGCUCAUCUCUAACUCAACCCUCGGUGACCCCCGAGUCCCCGCCUCCUCACCGCUGAACAACACCUGCCUACACAUCAGCUUCUCUGACGACGAGCUGCUGGACAACAGCUCGGAGGAGGCCAACGUCCCUCAGCGGAGUUAAACAUGUCCGUCCUUCAUUCCCGAAAACACAAGUUACUGAUGUGUGCUCUGCCAUCUAGAUGCUUAGCUGUCGGACAGAUUUAGUAUUUUUGUAAUGAAAAACCAUGACUGAAUUCUAGAAAGUACAGUAGCUGGUGGAAAGACAUGUAGUGACUGUUGCACCACUGAGGUCAAAGGUGACGAGAGGAACACAUUUUAUUUUUGCUAGUCAUCUGUGUUCGGACACUGUCGGGGUCCAGGCAUUUAAGUUUCCAUUAUUUAUUGAGGUUUUCAAAUCUAAACAUCUGAGUGUGACAGAAGCUAUGUUGUUUUUUUUCCUAAAGAAUCAUGAGCUUUGCCAUGUGCUGCUUGGACCCCGAUGUUGAUGUUUGUCACCGCCCUGUUGAGAAGAGCCUCUCCGUCUGUGAGGCACCUGAGCCGACUGAAGGUGCAAGAACGUGAGACGAAAGAGAAGGAGAGCUAAUGUAGUGGGUCGUAGCAAAGGCAGGGCGUUGUUUUCCAUGUGCUGCCGUGCGUGUUCUCAAGCAACGCGCUCAAAUGGUGAUGAGGAGACUGGUGAGAAAAGAUGGUUCCUUUAAUAUGAGACCACAGUGACCGUACACACUCAUGUAUGAAGUCGAGGUUUUCCAUUAGUUUGAGCUGACAUAUGAGAGUUUGAACAAUAGUCUGAAAUGUUUGAGGAGCAAAUGUCAGCCUGAUAAAUAGCUUCAGCACCAGGCAUCGCUUAAUAAUGUUCCAGAUCAAAUACAAAUGAAUCAUGGAACCAUGUGUCUUCAAUUAAUCUUUUGUGUAUUUAUUUACAAAGUAUUUUUACUGAACUUACACAAUAGUUUGUUUUCAGAGAAGGAUUUGGCAGCAGGUUUGUAGCAGGACUAGCGUGUUAGUGGACUCUGGCCUAGAAGAAGUAGAGUGACAGUGCAGGGAUGAAGAGCAGCAGGAGCGCGAGGAGAUAGAUGGAAGGUGCCGCUGUGAAAUGACCAUCAACGCAGCAUUUGAUUCCGGGAAUGGAGGCUCUCCCCAACAUGGCGGUGACAGGAAAUCUAUCACAGCAAUAAACAUGGGUGGAGCAUCAUGGUGAAUAAAAAUAGAUGACAAUUUUAGAGAGAUGUGCUUUGCCUCUGUUUGUUGGGAGUUAUAUUUCAGUGUUUACCCCUUUUUGUAAAUCUCUCUCUCUCAUUCUCUCAUACUGGACAGUCAUCCUUACUCUCUGUGUUCUGUAUGCACCUUAGUUCAGAUUUCAUUCUCCUAUGUUUGUUCUCCAUAUCACUUCAUUUUGUCUGUGCUUGUCCAUGCAGCAACGUUCUAUUUGUUCAUCUCUCGACUGACUUUGUGUGGACCGGUGAUGCGUAGAUGAGGUAUCAUGAAACAGUGUUGCAGGGUUGAUGAAACAGAGUCCUAAUUUUCAGAGGCCACUAGGUGCCGCUCUUCGGUCAUGAAAAUGAACAUAAAAAUUAUUUAAACUAUUUUUCCUACUUACUUCUCGGCGUGAGGCCCGUCCUCGAGCACAAUCUAAUGUCUUGUAAUCUGGAGUUCACUUCCCCCAAAUUCUGAGCUAAAUGACAGAAUUCUGAUAUUGAAAUAAGUCGAGGCCCAUUCAUGCAGGUACAGACGGAGCCUUCUGUCUGCGAUAUAUUUUAUGGACUCACCGACCACUGCCUCCUACAGCGCUGCCGUCGUUUUCCUCUUUUGCGCAGGAGGCACAUUAUUAAUGGGUCUUCCACAGUCGCCAUGUUGGUUUGGGAUUUUGUUGUGGUCAUGAACGUUUGACUGUGGGCUGCUCCCCCUGGUGGAUAUAUUGGUGAACAGCAAUACCAACACAAAGACAUGGAUGCUUGUGAUCCGUGACUGUAACAUCAUCUGAAAAAGAUGGGCACAAUUUUGUUUUUGUUAUAAUAAUAGUAAACUAUAAUUUGCAUAAGUGAUGAUCAAAUGUUGCAUUGAACAUGUUGACAGUGAUCAAAGAACAGACUAAUAGACAGCCAGUUUAAACUCUUUAGACCAGUGGUAGAACGAUUAGACGUUUUUGCUCACUGAGAAUUGUGCCGUUUGUUUUGUUUUUUUUCUUCCGGAAUCCACUUCUAUACUCAACAAAGAGUGCAGAGUUGAGCUUUGAACUUCACUUGCCUUGUUUGUGUACUUAGUAGCGCUGUUGUCCCAACUUCAUUCUUCAGUUUUGUUUUUUUUCUUGCAGUUGUGAUAUUUAUCUUAGGGACCACUUGAGCAAAGCGGGUGCGUGCGCGGGCAGCGUCAACACCCUGUGGUUGAAGUGAGCACACUUCAAAUUGGAUCUGCCCAAAGGUCAUAACCCAACAGUCUCACAGGAAAGCUACACUGAAUUCACGGGGCUCCAUUAACUUCUUGCGAUGGAGGCUAGUUACCCCACUUUGAAGUUGCUUUGAAAAGUGAACACUACUUUUAGAAGAUGGCGGUAUUCUAAUCUGAUUUAAUAACUAGGAUUUUAUAAGCGGCUCUUAAGUCGUCUGCUCAGGAAAGUAGUUCAGAAUCUUUUUUUCUCCUUCAACACGUUCUCAUCUCUUUCCUACUAGAUGACAAGAACUUGAUCUGAAAUUUUCAAAUAUCAGGAUCAUUCAAGAAACUGCCCUCCACAAAAGCCAACCUUGUUUUGUCUGAUCCCUCUGGCCUUUUAUUCACUGACGUUAACUAUUCCUCCUCCUCCUCCUCGUUGUCACAGUCGGCAUUUUCAGCUCUCGCACUGGCGAACCCGGGCGUUUCUUGUCACCAACUGUCUGGAAGGUGCCUUUUUAAAGGCUGUUUCAGCUGCGUCACACUUAACAAGAUGUCAGGUGACUGCAUGAAAGUGUAGGGCAGGGGAAGCCUAACUGUUCCAGGACGCUGGCUGGCUUUCGGUUGACAGUAGGAGGAGGCAGAUCCAGCUGAGGGGCUGGGUGAAAGGCUGGAAUGAGAGCGGGGAAUCGGCAGCAGUCUGGUGAUCUCUGCAGAGGAUCCCGUGUUGGCCGUGUUUAAUUCAUGUCCUUCCCAAGUUCCCUGAAUAAUGGACAUGAAGCGUGUUUGAAAGCUGCGGAUCCGCUGAUCCCGCUGAUGCUCUCCUCCCCUGUGAGCAGUGGCUGUAGUGGAUCUGGGAUCAAUCACACCUACCUGCCAGGAGUCUGAUCGAAGAGGCGAGAGUCUCCCAGGCUUUCACACACGUUCCACAUAGAGCUGGGUUGGCUCUUAAUGGUCCGGCUGCUGGAGUGAUCAAAGAUCUUCAGCUGUUCAGCUCUGAUUCUGUCUAGUUUUUAUUAGUUAUUAAUCGCUUUUUUUUUUCAUUUUAACUGAUCAAACUGCACAGUUGAAGUUUUCAUUUUCAUUAUUGAAUGACCCUCGAAAUCAACGUUUUAAAAGCAAUCUUUUAGAACAUGUGAAACAGCCUGUCGCUUGUUGAUGAAACAAAACAAAACAUCUCAAUAGAUGUAACUGAAAACAAAUAACAGCAUAAAAGUAUCAUUCACUGUGUGAAACACAGUUUCACAUGACUCUGAACACACAUUCUUAAUGUGUGUUUGGAAGUGUAAUAUCCCCAGUUGAUAUUAAAAAUAACAUAGAAAUUCAGGCAAUGCUCACAUUCACAUAACUGAAAAUUAGAAGUUUUGUUAGAAUCAGAAAAAAACAUUUAAAUUUUGUGUAUAGUGUGAGAACGUGAAAAAUAUUAAUUCUCAGCUUCCAGAAAACUUAACUUUUUUGUCCAGCCCCUUCUGCAGGUUUAACAGAGGCUACUCUAUAGUUUCCUUUUCUGUCGUUUCAACAAAAGUGUUUGCCGUUUGUAUAUUUUUGAUGGUGUCUCCAACUCACCUCGACCUGUCAAUCAGCCACACUUGACUAUGUCGCGCAACACGGCAUCAUGCCGGAAAUGGAGCAACUCAUCCAUAAGAUAUUUAUCUUACUCAUCUAAAAGUACACAGCAUUGUUCAGAAUGUUAUUGAAUCCUUUUUUUUUUCCAAUCUAUUCAUUGGUUCAUUUUCCGUUGUCUGAAGUGGUGGAGCUGCGCCUUGGAGCCCUCCAACACCUCAUCGCCCUUGAGACACCCAACUUUAUUCUUCCUAGUUUCAGUUAAUAUUUUCAGUUAAAUUCUUGAAGUGCUGAAUUAUGUAAAUGCACUCUCCAAUGAUAUUUUAUCAGUUAAUUUUCAUAAUAAAAACAUAAUAUUCACUCAGUUCUGCAGCCGGAUUUUAGUGCUGGAUUCAUGUUAGAACAGGUAGAAGUGGUUGUGUAGAGACGAGGAAGAUGCCAUCGUGAAAAUGAGUCCAGAAACUAAAAUCAACUGCUCCGGAUCAAUAUUAAUUUUGUCCUAUGAAUACACCUACAUUGGACCUUCACUUAGUUUAGUUCAUUUCCAAAUCAUUCUCACACACAGCGACUCUUUUCCAGUGACUUUUGUCUCAUGUGCUGACGGCACAAUCGGCGUGUUGGCUACAAA